UCAUACUCGUUGAAGGUACACAAGCAGCCAACAGCAAUCAUCUCGAAUGACAUGGUGUGCUGGAUCGGACUAAUUGAGCCGAACAGAAAAAAAAGUACACGACGGCCUCAUUCUUUACCUGGGGACAAGUUGACAGGUUGAAGAUCAAGAUCAGCCCCGAAGAAGCGAAACAAAACAGCGCGCGAGAGCAUGACAAAAACAAAACGAAUCAUUAAGGGAAAAAAUCGAGCGUCAAGUGAUUUAGUGGCACACAUUAGUGGUUGAUUACCUUUGGCCUGUUCGUUCACCUAUAAGUUGGUGUGAUUUCAGCCAGAAGGAAAUAAGAUCAUAAGAAAAGUGAGCUCAGUUAACGCAAAAGGAAAUAGCUUAGCGGAAAUUAAUAGCCCCUGGUGGCAGUGAAUAUCAUCAACCGUUGUUAUUGCGCCAGAAGAGAAAAAAAAAUAAGCUUCUGAUUGAACUGUCCAAUCGCGCCGCGCCGUUUGAAAUCGCCCCUCAAGGACGUCCAGGAUUGGUUGAUCUAGCUCCGAAAUGUUGCAUUUUGCCAUUGGAUCAGUUCGAUUCGGGCAGCAACAAGUAGCAGUGCUGGUCGUUCAAAAGUGACAAUAUUGCGAGAUUGGAAUACAGCGGAAGGAGAUCAAUGAGCCCUCGACCCCACUUCCCCAUUCCCCGCUCCAGAAUGCUGCUACCCCUUAUAAGUUCCCCCUGGAAGUUGGGACUAGUGAUAUUCCUCCUGGUGGCCAGUUGUACCCAGGCAAACAUAGACCACCCUUCGGCCAAAUAUAGCAAGAAAACGCUUUCUCGACACACACGUGCGCUUGGCUUCUUCCAGAAGGUUGCCACCAUGGGCAGGCUACUCUAUCAGCAGUACAACGACACCACCUGGACCCUGCAGAACGUGUACGACAUCCUGAGCAACGAGUUCACCGACACCUACACCACCACCACCCCCAAUCCACGGCUACCGACGACAACGGUGGAUCCAUCGACGAGCACCACUCCAAAAUACCGAAUUAGUCGUGCGGAACUUGGUCGAAUUCUGAACCGGAACUACCGAGGCCUUCAGAAGCUGUUUCGAUUAGAGUGGAACGAAGCGUGGAAUAACACCAAGUAUAACAUCGAAGCGUACCGGAGAGAGCUGAAAAAUCCGGUCAAUGCAACCACUGCUAAACCUUAAGGCUCAAUCGGAAUAGUUCCAAAACUGUUGGAAUCCAAACAUUUCAAGUACCUCAUAUAUGUAGUAAAACUGUAGAAGCUGUCAAGAGAUAGUUCAGGCUCAAGUGUUCCAUUGGAGAAAACAAAACAUUCGUAGUUAGUAUGAGAAUUUUAAAGGGAUAUCUGUGAUAAUACUUUGAGUAGGUGUACAUUUUUUUAAUCGUAAAAUGUGGUGAGUAUUUUGGUUGAGUUGGGACAAUACUAUCUAUUGUACAUGGUAAAUAUUCACUAAUGCUAGGGAUUUUAAAAACCGAUUUGCUCAAAUUUUAGGUAGAAAGAAGGUGUGUUUCACUUUAACGAUGAGCUCAAUCGAUUAAACUAACGGAUGUCUGUUAGAUUUCUCGGAAACUCAUCGACUAACCUUAAGCAUCCUAGUGCAAACUGCCAUACAACAU